AUGCCAACGCACAUUGAAUACUCUAUGGCAAAUUAUCCAUUGUAUCGUCAAGGAAAUCCACAAUUAAGAAUUUUUUUACCAAACUUUUGGAUGAAGUUAAUAAGAUCUGAAGAACCAUUACCUCCUUAUCAAGUAUUAUUUCAAACUUCAAUUCAAAUGACUCAAUAUGAUAUAAAAAACUAUUUAGAAAAAAUUUACAAAAUACCUGUAGUAGAAGUUAAAACUACUAUUAAAAUGGGAGAAAUUAAAAAAUGUUUUGGUCGUCAACAUCUUAUUAAAGAUGAUGAUUAUAAAGAAGCAUUAGUGACUAUGCCUACAGAUUUUAAAUUUGAAUACCCAGAUUUUACAGGGGACAAAUCAGCUAAGGAAGAAAUGAAGUCUUAUAAAAAUUUUAAAGAACAACAUAAAGUAUCUAAAUCAAAUGAAAAAAUUGACAAAUCUGGUGUUCCAACAUGGUUUCAUUACUGA